AUGAUAAAAAAUUCUUCGUACAUUCAUAGCCUUGUAAAGAGGGAAAAAAUAGUAAAUUCUUGUACGUUUUUGUGCAGCAUUUGUAGAUCAAGGUCAAUUUUAAGUAGUCGAAAAUGGAAUAGUACUAUGACUAUGGGAGGGGAAUUAAAAAUGGAAAGUGAAGGAAGAUAUUCUCGUAAUUAUAAAAUAAGAACUAGCCAUAUUGAAGACGUAAAGAUUGAUGAAACCAGUUGGAAUAAAACAGGGAAAGACAAAAUAGGGAAUGAUGAAAAGACGAAUCGAAGGAAUGUCAGCAGAAGAAAUUUGAGAGGUGCACAUCUAAAAGAGGAAUUACAAAAUACAAGCUUCCUUGAAUUUAACUUCAAAACGGACAUCUAUUUAAGAUUAAGCGAAAUGAAAAUAUUUACCCCUACGGAAAUUCAAAGGAAUGUAAUACCAUUGUUACUUCAGGGUAGAGGAGGUUGCGAAGAGCAGAGGAACGAAAUGUUUGCUUGUGAUGAAAAUAAAGACAUUUACAAUGAAAUAUUGAAAAGUAGAAUUCAGGUAAAUGAGUACUUAAGAACGAACUUUAGGGAGAGGGAUGAUUUUUACGACAUUGGAAAGUACAAAACGACUGGUGAUGGUAAAGAGGAUAGUAGAUGUGAGAAUGUAAACGGUUGUGCAGGGGGUGUAAAACCGAGUGGUCAAUCAAAGGAAUUAGGGGAAGGAAAAGAAAAAUGCUUCAAUGAUGUUUAUCUUAUAGUAAGCCCUGAUAACACGGGGAAAACAUUAAGCUAUUUCCUUCCAAUUCUUAACAACUUUUACUUGAAUAAUGAAAAAAUUAUGAAAAAUUUGUCUAACUUUUACCAUUUCUUAAAUAAAUAUAAUUACAAAAAAUUUCGAAAUAAAUUAUUUCGAAAAAAAGAAAAAUUAAAAUGUCUUAAAAAUAAAAAUGAAAAUUUAUUUUUUCAUAUAGCAUAUGAGAAGUAUAAAAUACGAAAUAGAUACAUAUACAUGAGAAAGUAUAAGAAUUAUAAUCUCAGCAGCAGUUAUAUUAAAAAUAAAAGAAAUAAUCAACUUAAUUGCUUGAAGCACAAAAAAAAUGUUUUUUUCCCUUAUGCAAUUAUAUUAACAAACACGAGAGAAGCAGCAUUUGAACUUUAUUCAUUCCUGAAAUCUUUUGAUAUAAAUAUAGAACUGUUAACUGGAGGAUAUUUAUAUAAAAAAAAAUCCCUUAAGAAAUUUCAUAUUGAAACGUUGUCCCCAUUGGAUAGUAGAAGAAGAGAUGAAGGUGAGUACGACACUGAAAAUAUGUUUGGAAAUGCAAAUAUGAAGAGUGAAUUUCUGAAGACAAAUGAUUUUUUAAAAAAAAUUAGUAAAAAUGUGAAGACAGGGACGAGAGUUAUAAACUACAACAUCGACAUCAUAAUUGGAACCCCUGAUAAAAUUUUCGAAAAAGUAGACAAUUGUAAAAAUAAACAUUUAUAUAAUUUUAAAUUUUUAAAAUAUGUAGUCGUGGAGCAAUCCGAAACAUUAUGUAAUGUAUUUAACGAAAAGAAGUUACAGCUUCUGUUUAAUCACAUAAAAAAUUACACCAACAUGUACUAUUUUAGAGGUACAAAAGCGGGCAAUGUCUUACCAAUUGAAUACACUCAUGAUGAAAGCACAGGUCAUAAUGAUAUCCAUUACGAUCCCCCAGAAUGUAAAAAGAAAGAUGCAGAUUUAGAAAAUGAAGGGGUGCGUACAAACAGUAGGAAGGGGAGAAGUAGACGUAAUCUUAGAGAUAUGGAAAAAAAAAAUGUUGAAAAAGAAGAAGUAGAUGAUAAGGAAUGUCUAGAUGAAUAUAAAAUUUGUCAUAUGGAAAAGGGCACUUUUGAAAAAAGUGAAAGAAAAUGUGGACCUUCUAAUUUUUCUGAUGGGAACAGUAUGUCGAUUUCUGCAUGUGAUGAAAUUCGAACAGAUGAGAAUACUACAGAAUGUGGAAAAACUCCCGAACAUAGAGAAGGCACCGACGUUUUUUCCUAUGAAGCAAGUAUUACAACCGAGAGUAGCAGAUACAAAGAGGAAAGAACAUGCAGCAGCAAAAAGAAAGGAGAAGAAAAUGUUGCAAACAUAAUCCAUUAUACCAAUAAUGGAAAUUGUGGAAAUAGUGGAAAUGGCGAAUAUAGCAAAAAUGAAAAGAACACUCUGAAUUCGAAUAUUCCGAUAUCAAUAUUCGUAUCAGCAACGAAAACCUUCUGCAUAAGUGAAUUUCUAAGCAACAAUGUGAGAAGUAAAUAUAUCCAGCAGAUUAUAAACAUGAAGAGUCACGACAUCAGCUCUGAAAUGAAACAUGUUUUCAUUAACAGCAAAAAUAAAGAAAAGGUUGCCCUUCUUUUGGAGCUAUUAAAUAGUAAGCGUGUGAAAAAGUGUACAGGUGGGGUGUACCAUUCUAAUUUUUUCAAUAGGUAUGUAAUUUUUUGCAAUACAAGAAAGAGCGUACAAAAUUUGAAAGACGUUUUAUCAGAACUGAAAUACAAAGUUAGCUGUAUUCAUAAUGAAAUGAAUUACAAGGAGAGAAGCCAAAACUAUCGAAACUUUAAAAAGAACAGAACAAAUAUAUUGAUAUGCACCAAUAUUUUAAGUAGAGGGGUACAGUUCGAGAAUUGUGAAAUAAUAAAUUACGACAUUAGCAACAAUAUAAAUGAUUAUAUUUAUAAAUCCAGCAAAGUGUCAUGUAACAGUCAUAAUGGAAAUUAUAGCAGCAAAAACAAUUCAUUAACCUCCUUUUUUAACAAAAAAAACGUACCACUGGUUAAUGACAUAAUUGAAAAAACGGUUGAUAAGAAAAAAAUAAUUUUUCAAAAUUUAAAUAAAAAAGUAAGUAAAAUGCUAAAAUUACAAAAUAAAUAUUACGAUAUUGUAAAAAAAAAAAAAAAAUAUCAAAAGAGGGGUGGACGAAAAGCUUUGCAUAUAGCACCCAGACGAAAUUGUUUAAGCAAAAAAAAUAAAAUCUUAUCCAAAAAAUUAUAUUUUUAUAACAAAAUGAAUCUAGAGCGUAAACGAUUAAUAAAAAAGGGAAUUCUCAAAGGCCAUGAAAAAAUUCCAAGAUUUCCGAAUAGAAAAGUUGAGGUCUAUGAUAGUAAUGAAUAUAAUGCUAUCCAUAGGUUGGAUGAUGGUGCCCUACAAAUUUUAGCUAAAAAGAGAAAAACAAAAAAAAAUAAAAAUGGAGAUCGAACAACGUAUGAAGAGGAUACCAUUGUUUUGGAAAACAUGCCAACCUAUGAGGAUGAGACGAAAGCCAAGGAGAAGAGUCAUCAAAAAAAGACAUAUUUUUAG